CUAAGGUACAACGUUGCUCGCACGCACGUACGUUCGUUCGCUAGCUAGCUCGUUUCGUCGUAGUCUCGUCGAAAAGAAGAAAUCAUAUUUUUGUGCAAAGCUAAACACUAUAGUAGCGCCGCCGACACAUUAGCUUAGCUAGUAGCUGUCAAUAGGGUAAUGACAACGCGCGUAUAUUUUUCAUUCCAAAAAAACGCGCGUACGUGAUUGUUUCCACUAAACAAAUCUAAAUAUUACUAAUAAGCAGCUAUACAACAAAUAAACGUAUAAAAAAUAUUUUGCCGAAAAAUCAUUUAUUUCAAGCAAGUAAGCAAAACAUAACAAAGUGUAUAGCAAACGUGAACGAGUUUAAAAAAAGAAAUGUUGUAUGCAACAAAAAAUCAAAUACAAAAUAUUUUCGAAAACAAAACUACAACAAAGAGUGACAGUUGAAAAGUGACAUUUUUGGAAUUUUGUAUGAAAUUUGACUGCGAGUUGUGGCAUUUUGGAGAGACAAGUGAAUAAUCAAACAGAAAAGAACCAAAAAAAUGUGCACAAAAUAAAACAGCAAACCAGUGACAACAACGUACUGUGCAAAUAUAAGAUUUGUAAAAAUUAAAAGUAAAUACCACACAAGUAUUACUAUAAGAAACUAGUGCAUUUUGUACAAAACGCGCGCUCUGCAACAAACAACACCGCCUGAGCCAGUAAACCAAAGUCAAGUGUAACCAACUAGCAAUAAAAGCAAUAAAACACUACCAACAACACAUUGACAUUUGCCGAAAAUAGCAGCAGUAGCAACAACUAGUAGAGAAGCAGUGCAAAUUCCAAAGUUGUUGCAGCAUCUUAACGUCUGUGUAUAUGCAUGUGUGUGUAUGUGUGCGUGACAUAUGCACACCAAUCAGCAAAUUUCCGCAUUGAGUGGUGUAAACAAAGCGGCAGUAGUAAGAAGCAGCAAGCCAGCACCUCUUGUGGCAAACACAAUAAGCGCGCAAAACCACGCACAAGUGCAGCAGCAACAACAACAACUGGCAGCACUAACAAGUGACAAGUUAGCACUGCGCCAAUAAGCAAGUGUAAUAGCAGCGUGCGUACCGUAAGUAGGCAUACGCACCCUAGGAAUCACAACUAUUAGAACUAGUAGCAGCAACAAAAUUGUUUUGCAAAAACAUUUUGUGAACGCUCAACACAAAAUAUAUACAGCACAGUAACAAAAAGUAUUAGAGAAGAGUGCCUAAAGCAAAAGAAGCGCACAAUUAUUUUGGAAGAAGCUGCAAAAAAAUCAUAACUUCAAAUCGUCGGUUUAUGAUUUGUGCCCCAUAAAAGCAACAAGCACACACAUAGCUAGAGGACAGCAAGCGCAACAGCAGCAACCAAUUGGAGUAUACACUAAGAGGAAGCAGUGGCAACUGUAUAUUUUAUUAUCUUCAAACAAUAAUGUGCACUGAGGUUAAUUCAGCAAUGGGUCUACAAGCUACAGCCGCUACUAAGCGGAAACAUGAAAUUACAUUCGAUGCCAAGGAUGCUAAUACAUAUACCAACAGUCCGCCACCAUUGAAGACAGGCAAAUGGUCAAUUAAUAAUAAUAACUACAUCGAAGCCAUUGAGGAGCAGCAACUGAAUGGCAGUAAUAUUAAGGAUAAGAACGGCAGUUUGCGCGCACUUACGAAUAGUGCGGCAGAGAACACGAAAAGCACAACAACAACAACAGUGAAUAGCAAUAGUAAUAGUAUUAAUAGCAGCAUUAACGGCCACCACAAUAGUAUUAGCAAUGGUAAAGAAGUUACUAAAAUCGCAUCUGCASCCACCACAAUAACAGCAUUGCCCUCCAUGGUCGCCACGCUGCUGCCUAUGUCCAGCGAAAUGUCUGCCACCACGCCAUUGCCACCCACCUCUAACACUCCCGUACCGGAAGACAGUAUUGCCAAGUUGGAGGAGGUCGCCGCCGUGCCCUGCUGUGAGCCCUGGACUAAUGCGGCGACCGAACCGGUCGAUUGCAUUUCCAAAUUGCAGGCUGUUGCAGUGCCGAGCGAUCCGUGGGGUAGCAUUGCGACACGUUCCACUUUGGCGACAACACUGCUCAGCGCUGAUGAGUUAGAUGAUGACGAUGAUGAUUUCGAGGAUGACUAUGAGGAGGAGGAGAGCAUAAUACCGACAUAUUGUCCACUGCGUUAUCAUACUUUUCCACCGCCACCAGCAGCGAACACGACAACGCAUCAACAGCAGCGACUUGGCAGUUAUGCGCCCGCGCCGCAUGGUUAUGGCUCGCGUCCCAACUACUACUCGGAGCCAUAUCCACAACAGAAUUGUUCACGUACCGGCAGUCCGCAACAUAUGCGUAUGGCUGGCAGCAAUGGUUUCACACAAUGGCAGAGCACGAACGGUCCCUCCGGURGCGGUCAGCAAUUUUAUGUGCCACCCGAAGCRGCAUACCCGCCGCCACAGCAACAGACACCACAACCGCCACAACAGCAGCAGACAAUACGUUGCGCAGAGAAUGGUAAAUCGUAUUUAGAGUUGGGCUGUAGCAGUCCGCCGCCCCAUGUGAAUAGUUCGCCUGUUGUGCCACCACCGCCCUUCGGCAAUCUACAUGUGACCGCUGCGAAUCUCGACACGCGUCAUCCUUUGAAACGUUGCUGUGAUGGGCGUGGUACCUGGUGUAAUACAAAUAARAAUUGCUACAAGGAUCUGCGUCUGAAGAUACGCAACCUAUCCAUGUUUAAGUUGUCACGCUUCCGACAAGUAUCCGAACAGUCACUCUAUCGCUCGGUGCUAAUCUGCAAUACACUGAAACGCAUCGAUCGCGAAAUCGAAACAGAAGCUAAGGAGAUGCAUCAAGCAGCAGCGCAGGCUGCCGCCGCACAACAUCAAUACCAUCAGCAUCUGCAUCCGCCACAUCAUUUGCAGCAUCACUUGAAUCCGCAACAGCCACCGCAGCAGUUGUUGGUGCCACAGCAACCACAUACCAUGCUGCAUCAACAGCACCAGGACUAUGCGCCGCCAGUGAUGAACUGUGCGCGCCUCACAAACAUGGACUAUCAGGUGCAACAUCAGCCGCCAACGCUGCUGCAACAACAACCGCCGCAGCACUUCGCACAACAUCUGCCACACUAUCAGAAUCAGCAACCCGAACGGCUCGACACGCCGCCGCCAUACCUGAGCGCACCCACACAACACCUUCAGAAACCCACAAGUGGCAGUUUUACGCUCAACAAUAGCAUUAGUAGUAUUAAUGUAAAUAACUGUGAUUCUACGAAUGGCGCAGCGGCAAUACACCCUUACGACCACUAUCCCUUCCGGGAAUCGCAAUCUGGACGCGCAACGCCAUUUCCCUGCCAACCAGUAAUGUCGCCGGCGCCGCCCUCAACAACACCAACCCCGGCGACGACGCAAUCGCAACUACAUACUGUUGCAACGAGUCUCAGUGCGUCCAAUACAACAACAGCAGCGCCCAUGCAAAACGCUAGCUCAACGGCGGCGUUGACAARCGCGUCAAGUAGCAUUAGUACAACGUCACAAGUAACUACCGCCACGACGUCCAUUGCUACCACCGAUAACAGCGAUUCUGGUUACGCGGACGAUGAUUCAACACGCUCCAUCAACUGGAGUUCGGUGCUCAGCUUGUCAUCACAAUCCGCGUUGGAUCCACUCAACAACAACGACCUCUUCGCCAUAUUACCGCCUGCGUUAUCGAUAACCAGCCCAGCGACCGCGACACCCGUGCCCGUAACGGCCGCUUUAACAACGAACACCAGCGCGUCAGAUAGCACAACGCAGUCAUCGGCUGUUGCCAUUAGCGGCACUUUCACAACCGUGCAAUCCACGUCGGCCUCCAGCACUAGUUCCAACGCAUCAACUACCAGUAGUAGUAGCAGCAGURCAUACAACACAUGUACCUCUUCGUCGACGGCAACAUUCACCACGCUUUCGACCAUCUCCUCGGCGACGCAUUCGCUCACCUCAUCAUAUGUGAGUAGCAUGAGCGCCAAUGCUGCAGCCGCGUCGGCAUCCUCCACAUGGGAGUACGGUUUUCUCGAUAUGGAAUUCGGUYUGGGCUCAGAAUUCACCGAACUUGUGCCCAGUUGUAAACUGAAUUCAGAUGAGCUCUUCAAGAGCAGCCUAACACCAGUGGUGGCCGCAUCACGCUAUUCCUCCGUACAUGACAAUGAGCUGGAACAACCGGCACACAUUAUGGUCGGCAGUUAGUAUCAAUUGUAAAGCAGCGAAACAAUGCAGGAGACGUGGUGCCGAGCUUUAUACUACUGUGACGGCGGUACGUACUGCAAUGCCAACAGGUGGCCUUGCUGGURUUUAUGACCGCUAAUUGGGGCGCUGGGCGCAUGGUGCCCAUGGAGAGCAUGGCAUUCAUUGUGGCGAGUAGCAGGCGCGCUACGCCACUGAGCAACAAGCAGCGGGAACACAUAACAGCCGAAAAUAUGUGAAAACACAUUGUACGAGUGUAUGUACAUACUACAUAACAGCAAUGUGGGAGUGAGCGCAGCGCUUCGGCGCUGUUUUACUAGCAUAUACAUUUAUUAGAAAUGUAAAAACAUACAUACAUACAUAUGUAUAUACUCCUUUGUAUUAGCUAUUUUACUGCAAGCUAAAUUAGUUCGCUUAAGUAUGAAAUGCUCAGGUUGUGAACUUUUUCUUUAAAAAUUGUGGAAAAACUGUAUGUGCAGCAAGUAGGGAGCCUAAAGCAGCAACUAAGGCGCAUAGUUUGAAAAGAAAUUGUCGCUUUCGCCAUUAAAAUGUACUUAUUUGUCAAUUGAAAGUACUUAAGCUAUCGCUAAAAAGUACUUAAUUUACUAUGUUUUAAAACAAAUAAUAACUAAAAGAUAUGUUUAUACAAUUAGCAAUAUU